AAAUGAAUUUGCGUGUAGCUCUGAAAAUGAAUUGGUGAGUGAAACUUAAAAGAAAAAGAGAUUACAAACAAGAAAUGAUGCAAAAUGUACAAGCAAUUGGCAACCGGGAAAAGAAAGAAUGAAGACGACACACUUCCAGCUCCCUCCAACUACUACCACGUGCCGGAGGUCUCUGCGGGCCCCAUCAUCAUCAAGACUCCACUAUAAACAACAACACAGAUCUCACCACUCCAAUAUCACUGUUGUUCACAACAUGGACGCCGGCGAUGCAGCAGCAGCAGCAGCAGCUAAACUCCGUUCUCAGUUCCUUCAACUUCUUUCCACUCGCCGUUCUGCUCAAGUUCCACUUGAGGUGAAACCUGCAAAGCCUGUAAAGGAACCCUUAUAUCAGGGAACACCACCACCGCCAUCUAGUGAGGCAAUGGAAGCAUGUCCUAAAGCCGAUAUUCCCAACUUCGAACAACUCCUUAACGAAGAAAACUUGUACUUAACCACCGAGGAAGGAGAGCAAGGGCAUUUGCCUGUGCUCAUCUUGAGUAUGAAAGAAAGUACACGUUCAAGACGGCCAGCUACCGUUUUUCUUCAUAGCACAAAUAAGUGCAAAGAGUGGGUACGCCCGUUACUUGAGGCGUAUGCUUCACGUGGAUAUAUUGCAGUUGCCAUUGAUUCUCGUUACCAUGGAGAACGAGCCAAAAACCAAACUACAUAUGAAGAUGCUCUUGUUUCAUCAUGGAAAAAUGGAGAUACAAUGCCAUUCAUAUUUGACACGGCGUGGGAUCUUGUAAAGUUGGCUGAUUAUCUUACGGCUAGAGACGAUAUAGACCAUUCCAAGAUAGGAAUUACCGGGGAAUCACUUGGAGGAAUGCAUGCAUGGUUUGGUGCUUUUCUUGACACGCGUUAUUCGGUGGUUGUCCCCAUAAUUGGUAUUCAGGGGUUUCGCUGGGCCAUAGAUAAUGAUCGAUGGCAAGCUAGAGUGGACAGUAUCAGGUCUGUAUUUGAAGAAGCACGGAUUGACUUAGGGAAGAGUAUCAUCGACAAAGAAGUAGUGGAAAAGGUUUGGGACAGGAUAGCUCCUGGGUUGGCAAGGGAGUUUGAUUCAAAUUAUACAGUCCCACUCAUUGCGUCACGCCCUUUAUUGAUUUUGAAUGGUGCAGAAGAUCCUCGUUGCCCAAUGACAGGUUUGGAUGUUACCAUAUUAAAUACAUGCAAGGCUUAUGAAGAAGCCAAUUGCUCAGAUAACUUCAAGGUGAUAGCAGAAGUAGGAAUUGGGCAUCAGAUGACAUCGGCAAUGGUUAAGGAAGCUAGCAAUUGGUUUGACAAGUAUCUCAAACCAUAGAAAUGAAUUUGUUAUGCCGAUUAAAUAAAAUAAAUGUGCAUUUGAUUUGUGUAUGCUUUGUUGUUAUGUAUCAUAUGUUUUGUGCAUGCUUCACUAAAGCUGUAUCAACUUAUUUGUAUUUAUAAAACUUUGUUAUGACA